AUGUUGCUGACAGUUGUGCUCUUUUAUUUAACCUAUAUUCAAGUUUCAUAUACUUUGCCGCCAUUAGCAAAUGCUUAUAGAAAUAAUGCUAACUACCUCAAAACUAGAAAUAAUGAUGGGUUUAUGCAACAUGCAAUUUUGGAAGAGCAAAAUGUAGGCUCAAACAAUUACCAGCCAUUACCAACUAUAGCAUCACAUUCAAACUUCAAUGCUGCUCAAAGCAAUGCAGCAAUUGCAUCUGCGUCAAGAAAAUUAGAGAUCAUAAAUCAAAAUGGAAUGACAAAUAAUGGGAGAUUGAAACAACAAAACCAGUUCAGACCGGAAGUAAAUCAGAAAAUUAAUGUACCCCAAAACUACGAAAGUAUUUUAAAUAAUAUGAAUUAUCAUUCAAUGGUUUCACAAUUUCAAGGUGAAAAUUUAGCCAAACAAUAUGGCAUACCCCAAAAUUUCAAAAUUAACCUACGUGGGUAUAUCGCUCCGGAUAUAAACAAAGGAUUUAUUCCACCACAGUCCGCUCCACUAAAACAGUUUUCACAAGUCAGGCCUGUUCAAAGGACAAUACAGCCAACAGGAGUAAACAUCGGUAAUAAUGUGAACCGCCCAAUGUUGAACCUGCCAGUUGCAUCAUUACCCAAUAAAGUAAAAUCAGAAAAUGCUCCUCUACAAUCAAAAAAAUAUACAAUUGUUCAUCCAAAUGGAGCUAUUGAAGAAACGGAUGAUUUUGAAUAUAUUAAAAAGAAUUAUCCGUACUACAUCGUGCACGAUUUAAAUAAAAAAAAUACAAAAAAAGAAAGUAUUGCCGAAAUGGAAGUGCAUGCAGGAAGUCCUCUUGCAAAUCCUACUAUUGUACCAAUUUACAAUCUUCCACCAGAACAGCCAAUAUUAAAUAUGAACAACAAAGAGACACUGGUACCUAAUACAUUAGUUCCAAUAACCCAAUCACAGAUAAAUCCCACCAAAAUAGAUGAAUUAGCUAUCGUUAAUGCAACUCAUUAUAAUGCUUAUAAAGAUUUUGUAAGCUUAAGCCCCGUUUCAUCAAGAAACUUAACCUCCCAACAUGAUAUAAGCAAACUAGGUUCCCAAAAGCUUCAUACAAGCAUUUUAGAAACACUUAAAUCAAUAAAAAGCAAUGAUUCAAAUCAUUUACCUGUAAUAGAUAAAACAAUUAUAAGCCCUUCAGACCUAAUUAAACCUCCCAAAAAGAAUCAAGAUACAAAUAUCGAACCUGAUAGUCUACAUCAAGAUAAUGUAAACGAUAUGCUUGAGAAGAUAAGUGCGAUUGACUUUUGGAAAGAAAUAGAUGUCAUUCAAAUCUCAGAUGAAACAGCGGCAGCUGACAUCAACAAAGAAAAUCUAUCUGAUAACUUUGAAACAAUAGAUUCGAGCGAGGACGGAGAACUUACUAAAAACUCAACUAUAAACCAGGAGACGACACAAAGCAAGGAUCUAACAUCGGAGGAUGAUGAUGUUAACAUAAAAGAUACCGACGAUAGUUACGAAGUUUUUAAUACAAAUCCAGAAAUAGUAGAGGACUUUGUUAGCUCUAUUGAAGAUAGACUAGAGUUUAUCAAACCAUUUUUAAUUAUAAAUGAGACUGAUGCUAUAGAUCAACCUGAAGGAAAUAGUUCGGAACCAGGAAACGCCCUAAGCGGUGCUAACACCAGUGAAUCAGGUCAAGCCUUAACAAACCCUAUUUAUAUCCCGCAUAUAUCGCUAGUUGAAGACGAUGAUACGAAUUCCUCGUUUUGGUUCACGACAAUUGACGAAAAGGCGUUGGAGAAACUGUCGCCACAUAAGAGGAAAAAUGUAACCAUUUCUUCGACACUCACUAAUGGGGAGAAUAUAACCGGCACGAUGUAUUCCAAUGAAACUAAAGAAGAAACUACGUUCGAAGAAAAGAAGCUUGUUUCUGAAGACAGUGAAGAAGAAAUAAAUAAAUCAUAA